CCAAUAUUAUGGUACUAUAAAAGAGAAUUAAAAGAAGAGAUAUUACUGCAUGACUAGUGUGGACUUGUCUAUAGUGGUAGUAAUUGAACUACUACAAAUUAAUCACUAAUAAUAUUCUUACCAACCACUCAUCUUCUUUUUCUUCAAUGCUACCUCCUCAUUAUAUUUCUAGCUAAUAUAUAACACAACCCUUUUUACUAAACUUUAUUACCUACUUAAAUAGUAUAUAUAAUUAUAAUAUCCCAGUAAUACCACUGUCCUUGUAAUCGAUGCUUUAUCCUUCUUUUAUAAACUAAUUCUAAUACCUUCAAUAGUACAAAUUCUCUCUUGCUCGCUCGCUGCUCUUGUCCCUAUCUGACAAUUGCUUGCCCACAUUCAAAUAUGGUACAGGCAAAGAAGUUCAGAGGUGUCAGGCAACGCCAUUGGGGUUCUUGGGUCGCUGAAAUUCGUCAUCCUUUACUGAAGAGGAGAGUGUGGCUAGGUACGUUUGAAACUGCAGAAGAAGCUGCCCGAGCGUAUGAUGAGGCUGCUGUUUUAAUGAGCGGACGUAACGCCAAAACAAAUUUCCCAGUGCAAGCAAUGGAUGAAAAUAAAAAAGAAAAUUAUAAAUCUAAUAAUUCGAUUUUAUCAGGAUCAUCAUCAUCAUCAUCACUCUCUGCUAUACUUAGCGCCAAACUUCGGAAGAGCUGUAAAUCGCCAUCGCCGUCUCUCACUUGUCUCAGACUUGAUACAGAGAGUUCCAACAUUGGGGUUUGGCAGAAACGGGCCGGAGCCCGGCCUGAUUCUAGCUGGGUCAUGACUGUUGAAUUUGGAAAAAAGAAGAUGAUUAAUGAUAACGAGCAUAUAAUUAUUCCAGACGAAAACGUAACUUCUUCAACUACGUUUUCGUCUCAGGAGAAUUCGAUCGAGAUCGAACAAGGCAAAGAAUGUGGUGUGAUGAAUGAAGAAGAACGAAUGGCGCUUCAAAUGAUUGAGGAACUCCUCAACAGGAAUUAAUUAAUCAUGCUACCCUUAAACUUAUUAGGUAAAAUUGUUGGUCUUUUAUUAUUACACGUAAAAAAAUUCAGCCCUCGGAUAUUUUUCCUAUUACAAUAUCUAAUGUAUUACUCUCUUUGUCUCCAUUUAUCUGAUAUUAUUUGGAUUUCUAGAUUCAAAUAAAUUUUUCUUUAACUUA